AUGGCGGAUUUCCCCGAAUGGAACUCUGGCGAGAUCGUUGAGGAAGAUGUUGGUGAAUACCUGGACCCGCGCAGCGCUCUUGCAGCAAAGGUGCCACCCAAGAUGCGCCGACAAGGACGCCUUCCUCCGAAGAAGGACACGACGCUCUCUGCGAGCCCUAAGGCAAUCGUCGGCUUUGUUCCGAUGAUGGAGUGCGACGUUUUAGAUGACGAAUUCGCUGACAAGGGCCUUGGCGGUUUGCCUCUAGAGCUGUGCGUUGACAGUAGGCAAUCGUCUAAGCUGUCGCCGCCCCAUCAUGCCGUGCCGCAGCCGAAGGGACUGCCCGCAUCCGCGAAUGGGUCAGAGGCGGCGCCGACGCAAUUGGCUAGCCCAUCAUUGGCCAUGCGCGUCCCACCAUGCGCGGCGUCGGCGAGCGGCGUUUCUGCCGCCGAUCGAGGCAGCAGAGCUGCCGCUGCUCCCCAGCGGCUCUCUUCCGCAGUGAGAGCAUCCAGCGAAACUGGGCGGCCCAAUGCUGCGCCACAGAACACCGAUCCCAGCCGCCCUCCUCCGUCGAAGUUGCGGUCGAUGUCCGGCGUACAAAGCAUGAAAUCUACGAUGCCGCUGCCUGCUGGUCGCCCGAACGGGAGCAAACCUUCGAAGCCGAGCAAGCGCGUAUUUAGGGUCUCUUCGUCAGGGGCGUCUGUGAGCAGCGCCGACGGUAGCACGACCUCUGAGUGCGACAGCAGCAUCCGGGAAGCUCCUCUACCUCUCUCAGCUCCUGCAGGCAUGAGUCUGCCGGCCCUACAAGGCAAGGCUGCCCGUGCUAGGCCUGACACUCUUCGCAAGUCCUUCUCUGCUGAAACGCCGGCGCCACUGCAGGCCAAGAUCCCAUCGCACGCCUCGCUGUCUUCCAGAGCGUCGGGAGUACGCGGGCCACAGUCAAUGCCGACAGAUCGCGCCGUGUCGUGCGGCGUCCCUGCACCUGCUUCUUCUUCGCGGGUAGCGAACCCACAUUCAUCCUUGAAGGGACCUGUAAGCGGCAGCUACGCCGUUCGUAGUUCGAGGGUUGCACCGAGCGUGGCUGCUCCUGCUCCCACGGGCCCCACGAGAAGCAGCGCGGCAUCGACGAUUCGAACACACGCGACGCGCUCCUCGAGCAUAACGCGGAGCACCUCUCAGCAACGCACCGUGCUGAAUCUCAAGAGCGAGCCCGAACCAUCGAGUGGCGACUACGCGUACGGCGGCUUCUUUGUAUGUGAAAGAACCGUCGAACAUCAGAGCAAGGACUCUCUCGCCGGAACACAGGUGCUCACCGCCGCCUCCAGUGCUGCCUCGUCGACCGACUACUCGGUUCUGCGAGGGACAUACGACCCGUACGCGUACGGGCCGGGCACGACGGGGUCUUCGAUAGCGGCGCCGCGCAUCGGCUCUGCUCCGGGGUCUGCGAUGAGUGAGCAGCGCGACACCACCGCUCGCUUACCUGUGCUGCCCGCCUUCAGCGGCCAACGGUCCAAUGCCAUGCUAUCGGCAUUACUACAGCACCCUCGACCCCCACGGCACGCAGCGUCUGCCGGUACCACGGCUUCCCGCACGCACUCCUUUUCUCACCAGGGACCCGUCUCCAAAGCUGCAAUGACGGGCACAAAGGCACUGUUGGCGGCUUCCAGCCUCGCCGAGGGCAGUGAGGACGAAGAGGUCAAGGAGGAGGAGGAGGAGGAGAAUAAAAUGAGCGUCAGCAGCGACCGCCAGAACGCGGACAAGCACCGCAAAGCUGAGCCGCACAAAAAGCGGGAGGUGCGUCGACGCGGCACGGAUUUCGACAAGAUUUGA